AUGGAACUCCAAACAUUGAUUUCGUGGUUACUUUUCUCUGCAAGUUUCAUUGGGUUCUUAUUCUUAGCCAGAAAAACACCUUCCUCUACCACCAACAACACACUACCCAAAUCUUACCCCAUUUUCGGUUCUGCUUUUUCUCUGCUAGCCAACUUCCACCGACGCAUACAAUGGACCUCCGACAUUCUCCAAACCAUCCCUUCCUCCACCUUCAUCCUACACCGCCCUUUCGGUUCCCGACAAGUCUUCACGGCUCAACCCGCCGUGGUGCAACACAUUCUCAAAACCAAUUUCCCUUGCUACGGCAAAGGUCUCACGUUUUACCAAUCUAUCAAUGAUUUUCUCGGCGACGGAAUCUUCACUGUCGACGGUGAAGCUUGGAAGUUCCAACGACAAAUCUCCAGCCACGAAUUCAACACUAAAUCCCUCCGGAAAUUCGUUGAAACGGUAGUAGAUGUUGAACUCUCCGAUCGCCUCCUACCUGUUCUCUCCGAAGCUUCUAAAAAUCAAACCACUAUUCUUGAUUUCCAAGACAUCCUCCAACGUUUCACCUUUGACAACAUUUGCAUGAUCGCGUUUGGAUACGAUCCAGAGUAUCUCAUCCCUUCCCUUCCUGAAAUAUCAUUUGCAAAAGCCUUCGAAGAAAGCUCAAAACUCAGUAUCGAGAGGUUAAAUGGGGUGAUUCCAUUACUAUGGAAAGUGAAAAGAUUCCUGAACAUAGGAGUGGAGCGACAGCUGAAAGAAGCAGUUGCAGAAGUAAGAGGACUCGCCACUAAAAUCGUUAAGAAUAAGAAAAAAGAGCUUAAAGAAAAAGCAGUAAAGUCGGAAUCUGUUGAUCUUUUAUGGCGAUUUUUAAGUUCUGGACAUUCAGAUGAAUCUUUUGUUAUUGAUAUGGUAAUAAGUUUUAUUCUUGCUGGAAGAGAUACAACUUCAGCUGCACUCACGUGGUUCUUUUGGUUACUCUCUAAGCAUAGUCAUGUCGAGAAUGAGAUUCUCAAAGAGAUUACCGGAAAAUCGGAAACUGUUGGCUACGAUGAGGUGAAGGAUAUGGUUUACACUCACGCGGCGCUAUGCGAGAGUAUGAGACUAUAUCCUCCUGUUCCGGUGGAUACUAAAGUAGCGGUGCACGACGAUGUUUUGCCAGAUGGGACUUUAGUGAAUAAAGGAUGGAGAGUGACGUAUCAUAUAUAUGCUAUGGGAAGAUCUGAGAAGAUAUGGGGACCGGAUUGGGCCGAGUUUCGACCGGAGAGGUGGUUGACUCGGGAUGAGGUUGGGAAGUGGAGCUUUGUUGGGAUUGAUUAUUAUAGUUAUCCGGUUUUCCAGGCUGGGCCGAGGGUGUGUAUAGGGAAGGAAAUGGCAUUCUUGCAGAUGAAGAGGGUGGUUGCUGGGAUUUUGGGGCGGUUUAGGGUGGUUCCGGCGAUAGUUGAAGGGACUGAGCCGGAGUACACUGCCCACAUUACCUCAUUAAUGAAAGGUGGCUUCCCCGUCAAGAUUGAAAAGCGAUGUGCAGAUGAGUUAAUAAUAAUUUAG